UAUUUUGCGGAUCCCACCACACCAGCAGGGGGCGACACUAACCGCAGGCUCGCGUCGAGAGGGUAACUUUUCCUGAUUGGCGCACGUCGUUCCUUCCGGCUCCGGUCCCCAAUCUAGUGGAAAGAUGCUGAUGCCCAAGAAAAACCGCAUUGCUAUCUAUGAGCUCCUCUUUAAAGAGGGAGUCAUGGUAGCAAAAAAAGAUGUCCACCUGGCCAAGCAUCCAGAGCUUGCUGACAAGAAUGUGCCCAACCUUCAUGUGAUGAAAGCGAUGCAGUCUCUGAAGUCCUGUGGGUAUGUCAAGGAGCAAUUUGCCUGGCGUCAUUUUUACUGGUACCUCACCAAUGAGGGUAUCCAGUACCUGAGAGACUUCCUCCACCUUCCUCCUGAGAUUGUGCCCGCCACCCUGCGCCGCCAGACCCGCCCUGAGACCGCAAGGCCAAGGCCCAAGGGAAUGGAGGGAGAGAGACCUGCCCGCCUUAACCGUGGGGAAGCUGACAGAGAUGCUUACAGGCGAUCUGCUGCACCCCCUGGUGCUGAUAAGAAAGCAGAAGCCGGUGCUGGAGCUGCCACAGAGUUCCAGUUUAGGGGUGGCUUUGGACGCGGCAGAGGACAGCAGCCUCAGUAAACUUUAUUAUCUGUUUCUGUACAAUAAAAACAAACAACACA